AUGUGGAAGUACGGAGGGGGGAAGGUGAAGAGGAGGUUAGCAGACCUGCUGACGUGUAUAUGGAAGGGAGGCGGAAUACCAGAGGACUGGAGAAAAAGCAUCAUAGCAACGAUUUAUAAGAAAGGAGAUACGGAGAAAAUGGAGAAUUAUAGAGGGAUAUCGUUGCUUUGCACAACAUACAAGAUCUACGCGGAGGUGUUGAGGAAAAGGUUGGAGGAUGAGGUCGAGCAUGGGACCCUAGUGCCCGAGAGCCAAGGUGGCUUUAGGAAGGGUAGGGGGACCAUGGAUAAUAUUUUUUGUGCUAAGUCAUCUGGUGCAGAGAGAGAGGAAAGCAGGAGUAAAAAAGAAAGAAGUGUAUGCCUUUUUUGCAGAUUUGAGCUGGCCUUUGACAAUGUGAAUAGGAAGGAGCUAUGGGAGAUACUGGAGAGGAAAAAUAUCAAUGGGACACUAAUACAGAGGAUGAAGGAAUUUAUGAAGAUACGAGAGCAGCAAUUAGGACGAAGGAUGGUCUAG